GCAGCGCCAGCAGCCGUUUCGCCCUUCUGCCCUGUGCUCUCCUUCGGCACGCACUGGAAUUUUGGCCGCCGAACAAUUUUUGAGCCAAUUUGGUGCUUGAACGUGGCUCGAGAAAUUCCUAGCAUUUUUGCUUCGUAAAACUAAAAUACCGAAAAGAUGUCAGCGACUGUUGGAAUGACCGCCGCACUGGCUAAAGAAAAGGUAUGGUUCGAUAAGCCAACCUACGACAAGGCAGAACGGCUGUAUUUUGAAAGAAUGGCCAAGCUUGGAACAUGUUUCAAGGUGGUGUCUCGUAAGAUUGCGGGAGGCUGCACGCUUAAGUCUGACAGUUCUUCUAUAACUGACAAGUGCCAAGAUCUAAUCAAUACUAACACGUUGAGGUCUAAGGCUGAAAAGUCUAAAGACAACAAGCUAGCUCACGAGUCGAAUGAGACGAGUGCGAAACGUUCCAAGUGCCAGGGGAGAGGCGCGAAGGUCAAUAGAGACACCGCGGACGUGUGCAUGCAGAAUAAGGAGAGCGCGAAGGCGGCGAGCGAGAGAUUCGAUAGCGCGAGGGAUAACGCGAAGGAGAAGGAGAACGCUUCCCCGAGCGAGAAAUCUAAUAAAAAGUAUAACGCGAAGGAGGCUAAGGAGAAAAGGAACAAGGAGGACACGAGAAAUAAGAAUAGGGGUGGUGGCGGAAGCGAUGACGGGGGAAAUAAAGAAACUGCAGUGCCAUUCGCGAGGAAUAAAGAACAAUUGCCCGAUCAGGGAGCUCAACCGCCCACUUGCCCAUUCUUGCCUGCGGUUGGAAGUUUGGCCAAUGAGGUUGCGAAGGCUCGACAGCAUAUUAAACAGUCUUUACAGUGUAUGGAUGAUAUUGCAGCAAUUGCUGAUGUCACAAAUCAAGAUGUUACGACUCGUGUUAUCAAUCUCGAAAAAGAAAAUCAAAUUAUGCGGCACAUCCUUCAGAGCCUGAAGAACGAUAUUGCCCAAUUGACGCAACAGGUGAAAAGUAUUGGAUCUUUGGAACGUCGUGUGGAAAUGCUCGAACAACGCUUACCUUACAUAGCAAUUUGCCCUGCGAAACCCGAGGGAUCAGUGCAAGAGCAGAAGCAGAGCAAAGAAAAAUGUGAUGACGACGAAGAUAUUGAUCUGUUUGGUUCCGAUUCAGAGGGGGAGGAUACAGAGGCUGCCAAGAUCAGGGAGGAGCGACUUGCCGCAUACGCUGCCAAGAAGUCUAAAAAACCAGCCGUAAUAGCGAAAUCAAGUAUCGUCCUGGACGUGAAACCGUGGGACGACGAGACGGAUAUGAAAGAAAUGGAAAAAGCGGUGCGGAAAAUCGAGACUGACGGCCUCCUUUGGGGCGCUUCUAAACUCAUGCCGCUCGCCUUCGGAAUUCACAAGCUACAGAUCUCGUGCGUGGUGGAAGAUGACAAAGUGUCAGUGGAUUGGCUGAUGGAACAGAUCCAGGAAAUCGAGGACUUUGUACAAAGCGUCGACAUUGCGGCUUUUAAUAAAGUGUAAAGAAAACUAGAGCCAAAUUACAAAAAGUGUGCGUGGCGGUAUACAUAGUCAAAAAUAAGCAUCGGUCUAUGUGCCAUUUCUGCAUUCCAUUAGCAGUAUCUGUAAUCGAAAAAACUUUUCGCACGCGCGUUUUGUCGUAUCAAGUCAAAAAGAUAAAGAUAUUUUAAACCCGUUUGAUGUUAUUACAGUCUGACUGUCUAAGAGCUUGCAAAAUGAAUGAAAAGCAAAUUUACGAGAUUUAGAUAGAAUCAAAAAUCUUUAUUGCUCUUUAUGCUAUUGUAAUUAGAUUUUCUCUCAUAUAUAUGUAUAUACAUAUACCGGAUAUAUGUAUGUACAUAUAUCUGAUGAAUCGAAACAUUGUUUUCACUGAAAUUGAAGUUACCUUUUAUUAUUUUAUGUUCUCAUAAUAUUGUUAUCUUAAAUAAAAAAACAUUUGGCCAAUGCGAUAUA